AUUUACCGUAACAAAAGAAUAAAUAAUGAAGUUGGUUAAAAAUCAUAGUAAACCUAUCUGCUAAGAAAACCAAUAUAGAUAUACCGAAAAGAACCAUAGAGUAAGUAAGAAACUACCGAUUGUAUGUAAUGAAAAGAAUGGAACAAAACGUUUUGCGUUUAAUUUCGUGAUUUUUGUGUCUACCCGCAAAUGAUGUUACAAACUUAUUUCUAAAACACCUUUUAUUUGAAAUUACAAACAGUUAUCAUUAAUGUUCUCAUAAUAAUCAGAACAGAAAUAACAUUAUCCACAAAAAAUAUUCGAAAUACAACGGCAAAAUAUGGAAACAAUCAACUGGAAGAAUACUUUAUUUAUUGGUGGAACAUUUUUGUGCGCUUUGGCGUAUAAAAUCUUAAGAAGCAAAAAGGAUAACAUGUUAGAUUCCAGUAUCAACGAAGUAUUGUUCUAUGGAGCUCAAGAAGAAUCCAAAAGAAAAGAGAUAGGAUUAGAUAACCUAUUCUGUAUAUAUUACGUUAUAGCCCAUGCGUCACGAACAGUAGACGUGUGUGUGCCGAGUCUCGAGAGUGAAACUAUCACUAAAUGCCUGUUAAGAGUCCACCGAAAGGACAAUAUGCAAGUAAGAGUAGCUGUACAUAAGAGCAAUCAGCUAGACAACUUAAUGCUACUAAUUGAUCAAGGCAUAGAAGUAAAAGUUGUGGAGUCCACUGAACCAAUAGAACACGAGUUUAUAUUAAUUGACGCCUCUGAAAACUUGGACGUUGGGAUGGCUAUUAUUGGCUCAUUGGAUUAUGAAACAACACGGGUCAACUGCAACAGAGACACUACAUUUUUGACCUCAAAGCCAUGUGUUGUGAGCAUUCUAAAGAAGGAAUUCGAUAGAAUCUGGCAUGAAACACCAGAGACAAUUCGCAGAGCAAUAGAAUUGGACCAAGAGGAAUGAAUUGAAUAUUGAAUUAGUUGUGAAAUAUAUUAAAUUGUUUUUAUAUAAUUACGAAUAUUAUUGGUAUUAGAAAUAAAAGUAUCAUGAUAACAAAAAUACUUGGAUUUUAUUUCAUUUGUCUACUUACGAUUUAAAGCAAAAUUACAUCAAUUGUAUUAUUUUACAUUACAUUUAUUUGUACUCGGAAUAUUUUAGUCUAUAUCAACACGACAACCUAUGCCAGUACAGAAAUAUGCAACAAUCAAUGGUGAUUCUUUAUCACAGUUCUUUGACAUUUUUUAAUAAUAUUAUUUUUUUUUUUAUUUCAAAUGGCAUUAGUUAGAUACGUGAAAUGUUUUCCUAUAAUGAAAAGUUUCUUAUAUGAUAUGCAAAUUAUAAUAACAUCAUUUUCACUACUAGUUGAAAUUGAAACAUACAGAAAUUUUAAGGUAAUCUGAACAGGAAGUAAAAAAAAUUCUCUAUUUUUAAGGAGUCACACUAAUACUCUUAGGAACGGUAAUAGGCAAUAUUUAUAUCAAACAUUAGCUACUCAAUGCGAAAUCGCAGUAGUAGCUACAUAGAUAAUGCACCGAAUUGUGGCUACUACAUUUAUAUAAGAUCAAUUUUAAUAAAUCCUUUAUUUUUUUCGAAUUUCAGAUGUUAAACCAAUGUUGCUGGAUACUAAUCCGAAUGCAUGCGGAAUAUAAAUACAUAAAAUAAAUAAAUAAUUCAGAUUCCAAAUUAAGGAGGUUUUAGCAAUUGUAUAAAGAGAAUAAAACAGUCAGACCCGAGAAAAAGAAGUUAAUUUUCCU